AUGAAAGUACUUAGCCGGAUAGACGGGUCCGUAUGCGGUGCCAUUCUCUCGGCUCGACCCUGCGCAGCUCGAGCUGCAGUUUCUUCCCGGCCAGAGCUCCGAACCGAGAGACCUUCGAGGGCGCCGGCGUCCCAGCACCAUAGGGGCCACGCGCGAUGCACUCGCCCACCGGCUACUCAAUGUCCUCGGACAGCCUCGUGGCUGCUGUCGACCUUUCUGCCGGCGCCCUUCUCUAUCCGCCCCCGUGCCUCGACGUGCUCGACCUCGGCCACCCGCGGACGAACUCAAUCAUACAGCCAGGCCGCCGCCGCCGCCGCCGCCGCCGCCUCAGCUAGCCGAACGGAUCAGGUCGUCCUGCGAAAGAACAAGGAGGUUCUACUCGGGUUCGUGGAGCACGAAGAUGUUGGAACAGUCGAGGAACACUUGGAACUCGCCCGGGAUCCAUUUCUCAACAGAUAUGCUCAGCCGGAGCCUACUCAGCUCACGAUAUCGGAAAGGAAAGAGGACCAGCAGUAUCCUUCAUAUUACGAAGCACUACGUGGCGACGAAGAUAUCGGACAGCUCGUCACCAAGCUUGGCACUGCUGUGAGCAUCAAGAUGAGAUAUCCACAAAGGGUUGAUCUGGACUCCAUACACGCUCUAUACGCGGCGCUACCGGAACCUCGGAUGAUUCAUAUGCCGGCAAAGCUGCGCCAUCGCUUGCUCAGGAUAUUUGGCACACCGGUGAAGAAGGAGACGCAGACGAUGCUACGCUACUUCUCCCUCAUCGGCGAUGCAAAGGAUUGCGGGAUCGCUCUGCGACAGAGUGAAUGGAACCAUGCCUUGGCCCUGGCUAGCAGAUACGUUGGUAGAGUCACGGACACCGAAGCCGAGGCCGCUCUCCAAUUGUGGAAGGAGAUGGAGAAGCUAUCCGGGGUUAAGGGAAACUCUGUCACCUUCAACAUCCUAUUCGAUGCAGCGUCCAAAGCUGGAAAUUUCGCACUGGCCGAGAUGCUUUACGAGGAGAUGAAGAAGCGCGGAUACAGCUUCAAUCGCUUUCACCACGUCAGCCUCAUUCACUUUUUUGGGCUCCGGGAAGACCCCGACGGCGUCCGGGCUGCAUACAAGGAAUUGGUGCAGGCUGGGGAGAUGGUUGACACUGUGGUCCUCAACUGUGUCAUCUCCAGUUUCCUGAGAUGUGGAGACGAGGAUGCGGCGCUGAAGGUUUACGGCUAUAUGAAAGACAGCUAUUCCGCGGCUGCCAAGAUACCGCCGAUGGAUCCCACGUUGGACAAGGCCGUCAUUCAGAUCCACUCCAUGUUUGCACGUGUCAGCAAAAGGAUACCAGAGCUUCAACCUAAGCUGCAAGAGCUUGCGCAUGAGACCCCGGAUAUGCGAACGUACCGUAUUCUCAUCAAGCAUUUCGCCAUAACAAAGGGAAACCUCAGCAAGACUGCUCAGUUUCUGGACGAGAUGCCACAGUUCGAAGUUCCGGUCCAUGGCAGCAUCUUCCUCGCCAUAUUCGAGGGAUUCAGCAAGUACGGCGCAUCUCCCUUUUCUCCUUGGACAGCUGAACGGCUGGAGAAUGUCUUGCAGGCGCUAUUCGAGGCGAUUGACAAUAAAGUCCAGGGUCUAAGACUCGAUACCUGGCUCAUGAUAUGGGCGCUUCGGGCCUUCAUGAAAUGUACAAAUAACGAAAAGGUAUUGGAGGUGUACGAAGAUUUUAAGCAGAGGUGGGAUCUUGCUCCGGACAGAGCGGACUUCAUGGAUCAUUAUCUUGCCAGACUCAUGGACGGGAAAGAUUCAUACAUCUUCCGACAUAUGUCCGGGCAGCAGAAGAAACACAAGGCGGUCAGGAAACGGCCUAUGUAA